CUGUGUGCACCCUUAUCUCACUUCUAUUUUUUUCCUUAUUUGCGUUAACCCUUUCUCACCGUUUUUGAACCUCCAGGCCUUCUCAGAAGGGGUGGGAGACAAACGUUUCUCUGCGAACGGUCAAGUCAGUAAGAAACAAGCCGCACGGCUCCUCGGGGAGGCUGAUAGGAGCUUAAAAGGUUUGUUGUGGUGAGUGUCACUAACAUUCCCAGCUCCAUUGCCAACCUUUUACUUCCAUCUCUACCCGCUGGAAACCACUUAGACACCUACGCAGAGGCGACAACUGAAUUCAGGAAGCCAUGCAUCAUGUCACCAGGAGACAACUGCAGACUUUAAACUCUGUUCAACAUGUGGAUGCGGCAGAGAAAUGACCUGUCCAGACAGGCCAGGGCAGCUCAUAAACUGGUUCAUCUGCUCUCUUUGCGUCCCACGGGUGUGUAAACUCUGGAGCAGCCGGCGUCCAAGGACCCGGAGGAACCUUCUGCUGGGCACUGCCUGCGCCAUCUACCUGGGCUUCCUAGUGAGCCAGGUGGGGCGCGCUUCGCUCCAGCACAGACCGGCAGCGGAAAAGGGGCCCCACCAGAGCCAAGACACUGCCGAGGCACUCUUCCCUGAGAUACCCUUGGAUGGUACCCUGGCCCCUCCCGAGUCCCAGGACAAUGGAUCCACCCUGCAGCCCAAUGUGGUGUACAUUACCCUACGCUCCAAGCGAAGCAAGCCCGCCAAUAUCCGUGGCACAGUGAAACCAAAGCGUAGGAAGAAGUAUGCAGUGGCAUCUCCUGCCCCGGGAAAGGAAGCUUUGGUGGGACCAUCCCUUCAGCCGCAGGAAGCUGCAAGGGCAGCCGAUGCUAAAGUGCCCGGGUAUGUCCAGAGAGGAAAUAUGGCCAAGGUUGGGGAAAAACACUGGAGAUUGAUACGGGGUCCAGGCAUACGAGUUGGGGGUUCAGAUUUAGAGCUGCCCAAGGCCAGGGAGAGCAACAUCAGGAUCUACAGCGAGAGCGCCCCCUCAUGGCUGAGCAAAGAAGACAUCCGCAGAAUGCGCCUGUUGGCCGAUGGUGCUGUGGCGGGCUUCCAGCCAGUAUCCUCAAACAGCCAAGUGCACUUGCUGGUGCUGGAGGGGAGUGCUGCUGGCUCUGUGCCUGGCUGCGGCACUAGCCCCUGCGGGCUGGUCAAGCAGCCUUUGGACAUGAGUGAAGUGUUUGCCUUCCACCUGGACAGGAUCCUGGGGCUCAACAGGACUCUGCCUUCUGUGGGCAGGAAAUCAGAGUUCAUCCAAGAUGGUCGCCCAUGUCCUGUCAUUCUCUGGGAUUCAUCUUUAUCUCCAACAAGUAAUGAGACCCACUCUUCUGUUGAGCUCACGUGGGGAACCUACCAGAAGUUGCUACAGCAGAAAUGCUGGCAGAAUGGCCGAGUGCCCAAACCUGAGUGGGGUUGUACUGAUGUGCAUCACCACGAGUGGUCCAAGAUGGCCCUCUUUGAUUUCUUGUUGCAGAUUUAUAAUCGCUUAGAUACAAAUUGCUGUGGAUUCAGACCUCGAAAGGAAGAUGCCUGUGUACAGAAUGGACUGACGCCAAAAUGUGACGACCAAGAUUCUGUGGCCCUUGCCCACAUUAUCCAGCGAAAGCAUGACCCAAGGCAUUUGGUCUUUAUAGACAACAAGGGUUUCUUUGACAGAAGUGAAGAUAACUUAAACUUCAAAUUGUUAAAAGGCAUCAAAGAGUUUCCUGAAUCUGCAGUUUCUGUUUUGAAGAGCCAGCACUUACGGCAGAAACUCCUUCAAUCUCUGUUUCUUGAUAAAGUUUACUGGGAGAGUCAAGGAGGUAGACAAGGAAUUGAAAAGCUUAUCGAUGUAAUAGAGCAAAGAGCCAAAAUCUUUCUUACAUACAUCAAUGCACAUGGGGUCAAAGUAUUACCUAUGAAUGAAUAACAAACGGAUUUUCUGGCUAGAGUACUAGAUAUAUUUAUGUGUUUUUGUUUUCAAAUCAAGUACACAAACCUCAACUCCUUUCAGGAAUGAGACAGAGUAGAUGAAUACAUAAAGAGAAUGAAUUUAACCAAGUGUGUAUGAUGGGCCUGAGUAGUAUAAGCAGCUCAUAAAGCUUUAAGAAACAUACUCCUCAAAAAAUAUUUGUUUAUAUAUUUCGCUACCAUUGUCAUGUGAAUCUCAACAUCUGAUUACAGAAUGAUUGCAAUUAUUAUUCCAGCUAGCUUUGGUAAAACAUUGGUCGUGUUGUUUAGUAGAAUAGUGUAAACUGACUUCUUUAAUAAAUUGUUUUAUGCCAUUUUCACCGGUCUGAUCAAAUACUAGUGGGAAUGAGCCUUAAAUUUUUUUUGUUGCUAAUUUUUAAAGCAGAGCCAUCCCAGCCCUCACUCAUGUGACUCUGCACUGGAAAACAGGCACGUGAUCUAGAAAUACGUCACUGCCUAUAAUAAUUCUACACAGAAAUUAUGAGGUGUUUGCAAAACUACCAGUUUAUAUUCUAGUGUAUCUAUAAAUAAUUAGCCAUCUCUGUGAUUCUGAGCAGCGAGAAUCACAUUUUCCAUUUCUCUUUCGAUAUUUAUUUUGUUGUCAGUGUAGGAAAUGUCUAAAUCUGACAAUUUAUACAUUAGGUAGUUUUGCCUUCUCAUUUUAGAUCAAUUUAUGUCUAGUUGCUUAGAAAUGAAAUAAUAUUAAGGUUUAAAGUUACCUAUUUGAAACUGUACUUAUAGAGUGCAUUUUUUAAAAUGCUCUUAAAUUUUUUCGUCGCUUUCACAAGUGUUAUACUAUAAUUUCUGUAUAUUUCAUUAAAAAUAGUGGGCUUCUUCAACUUUGUUCUGUGUUAUUAUAUUUAAACUGAUUUAACUGAUACUGUCUAGAUAUUGACAAUAAGAUCAGAUAUUGACUGGGUUGAAAUAUAUUGUUCAGCUUAUUCCAAUAUGAGAAAUAUGAACAAAAUAAGUUAAAACUUGACUCUGAUCAUUUUUCCUCAAGGAAUGCACAUGACUAGAACCAAAACAGCAUAUUCGGAUGUUAUUAAGCUUUAAAUAAUUCUCUCCAAACUCCCUCUUCCAACUUUUUAAUUAGGUGGAAGGAUGAGGACAUAUAGUGUUCAUGUGUUGGAUCUUUAUAUCCUUGGAAGAUACUCAUGUCAUCAUGUAUAACAGUGUUCAUGUAGAGAUUUCAAAUCUUGAACAAAUUAUCAUUACCUCCCAUCCCCAUACAUCCCACCCCUUAUUUAAAAGCUGAUAUGCUGAUGUUUCCUUUCCCUGAAAGUUUAAAAAUACAAUUUAAGAAUGUUUUUAAUAAUAAUAAUACAAUUUAAGAAUGUUUUUAGUAAUAAUGAAAAUAUAUCUCUAGAUUCUAAUUUAUAUAAAAGUAUAGGGGCAAAAAGUUAAAAUAACAUGUUAAGUGCAAAAGAAAAUAGACCAAGGAGGAAGGAAUUGUUCCAUUAUCUAAUUAUAACUUUUUUAAGCUCAGAGUCAAGUACUACCCAUUAGUACCCUUCUUUGCUGGGCUAAGCUUCGGAGAGUUGGUCUGCAGACCAUCCCCCUGUUCAAUUUUCCCUCUAUAGCCUCCCUCUGGUUUCACGUGUUCAGAGAACUCUUUGGCUCUCUUGAGUCUUCACUUUUACCUGUUGUAUUUGGGCUUUUUAAGAUUGCUUUUUUUCCCCCUCUUCUGAUUAAUUAUUAGAUUGAUGAAAAAUUGACCUAAUAGAAGUUUGGGGACCCAGGUUUUACUUCUUUGAGCCACUAACUUGAAAUAACUCUGUCAAGUUGCCUUACACCUUGUCUUUUUAAGGUGGCAUAUUUGCAUUUUAAUAUGCUUUUGAUGAAGUCUACCAUCUUAAUUCCAAUUUGUGAUAUUGGUGGUGAGAGUUCCAUGCUUCUUAGGAGUGAGCUUUGAUUUUGUGCCUCAAGCUACCAGCUUUUGGGCAGCUUGGUCCUCUCAUAUGGGUCUGGCUUUGUUUAUUUGCCUUCAGUUAUUCCAAAAUGCUUAAUAUUAAAUAAAAGUCCAGGGACACAUGUUAGUUUUAGUCACCAUUGCUUUUUUUUAAACAAUGUAUUUUGUUUUAUAAUCAGUGAAUAGUUUAUGCUGUAUUAUUUUCGAAUAAUGGAUAGUUGAAAGCAGGCUUUUAAUUCUAGUAAAUAAUGCUCUUCAUUUCUCGUACCUGAAAAAAUGAAAAACUCUGUGCCUUUCAAAUGUACUGAGAUUGUGCUGUGGUUUAGUUCACAUAAGCACAUUAUGUGGUUUAUUUAUAACUUGAUAAACUUAAAAUAGAAUAAUUUACCUUGGCAGACAUACAAAAGCUAUUCUCGUGUGAUUUAUUUUCUU